AUGACCCAAAAGACCCUCACCGUGGGCAUUCUCACCACACAGUCUCUAACCCUGUAUCUCCCCCUCCUACAAUCCCUACCCUACUAUCAAAUCGCCAUCAUCUACGAUGUCUCAAGCAAAAGCGCCAUCUGGCCCAAGGACAAUACCACCAACGCCUCCGAAAAAACCACGACGUCCAUCCCACAAGCGUCCACCCCCGAAGCCGUAGUCAACCAUUCCUCCGUGGACCUAGUCCUCAACUUCAUGGCCACUUCUCUGCGCGAGAAAUACACCCUCGCCGCCCUGUCGGCCAACAAGCACGUUCUCGUCGAAAGCCCCGUCAGCGUCAGUCUCCCCAGCGCGCACCGCAUCAUCGACGCUCAGCGGAAAUCCCGGGGCCGAGUCUUCGUUGCAUCGGCGAGACGAUACGUCCCUUGCUUCGAGACUUUCAAAGCAGAGGUCGCCGGCCUGGAGAGGAUCUACUAUGCCCGGUGUCGGAACAUUCAAGGCGGAGUGACACACCCAACCCCUGACGCAAAUGCAGAGCUACGCCCCGAGCCAAACACAGCAACAACAGCAUCAUCAACAUUAGCAGCACCAACAACAACAACCCUAACCACCAACGACAUCGUCCCUGCCUUCCCCAUGGAAGCCACCAAUACCUUCCACUCCCUCCUCCAAGAAGCUUUCCUGGGACAGGACCUCACCACCGAACGAAUUCUCCUCUCGCGCCUUCUGACCGGACCCCGCGGAUGUCCCGAUCUAUCCGUCAUGCGAGAGACACUAGGCACUCCGGACGCGGUAUCCAACAUCGCAGUCAACGAGCCCUUCUACUCCGCCAUCUUCCACUACAGCGGACACGAUCCCGAGGACCCCAGCACGAGCGAUAAUGCCCCCACCCAAAACCGAACCGCAUACAUGCUCACCUAUGAAUACGGCACGGACGCCGUCCCGCGCUGCGACGCACACCUGGCCGUGUACGGGGACGGCAAGACCGUGACGCUCGAAUACGACGGCGCAACGGUGCGAGUGGUCAUCGAGGCCGCGGACGAGACCGCCCCCGGGAAGGUAUCGCGUCAGGAAACGUCGAGUUCCAUGGAGCAGGCAUAUACGGCGGAAUUGGAGGCGUUGUAUAAGUUCCUCGUGGAGGGCAGGGAGGUCAAGACUACGGUGAUGGACUCGAUGGAAGAUCUUAGGCUGUUUAGGAAGAUUUUUGAACAGUAUGAUCGGCAGUGUGGGACUAUUAGGACGCCGUUGGGGUAG